AUGAAGCAGUUGCACAAACAAGCCAGCGUGAACUACCGUCGGGACGAGGAGAUGCCGGCCACUCAGUACUCACCCAAGACACUCAAACACCCUAGAUCCCUUCCCAGAUCCAUCAACUACCUCUUCCGCGAGCAGCGCCUCCUCUUCGUCCUCGUCGGGGUUCUGAUCGGCUCUACUUUCUUCAUCCUCCAGCCCUCUCUCUCCCGCCUCGGCCCUUCCGAGGCUCGCCCUGCCGUCACCAGUUCCUUGUCCGGAUCUUCUUCUGUUGUUCAGUCCUCCAACCGCGGAUCUUCGGGCAUAUUCCAGAGAAGGACGGUUUCCGGUCGGGUGCCUGCGGAUCUCGGCCGCCGGAGGUUGAGGAUUGUGGUGACCGGGGGAGCUGGAUUCGUCGGCAGCCAUCUCGUGGAUAAGUUGAUUACCCGCGGCGACGAGGUAAUUGUGAUUGACAAUUUCUUCACGGGGAGGAAGGAUAAUUUGGUUCAUUUGUUUGGGAACCCGAGGUUCGAGCUCAUUCGUCACGACGUUGUGGAGCCUAUACUGUUGGAGGUAGAUCAGAUCUAUCACUUGGCUUGCCCUGCAUCUCCGGUUCAUUACAAGUACAAUCCCACAAAUGUCAUGGGGACGCUGAAUAUGUUGGGUUUGGCCAAGAGGGUAGGUGCCAGAUUUCUGCUGACCAGUACCAGUGAGGUCUAUGGAGACCCGCUUGAGCAUCCACAAAAGGAGACCUAUUGGGGAAAUGUUAAUCCAAUUGGUGAGAGGAGCUGUUAUGAUGAGGGAAAACGAACAGCAGAGACAUUGACCAUGGAUUACCACCGAGGUGCUGGUGUUGAGGUGCGUAUUGCUCGCAUUUUUAACACCUAUGGACCUCGCAUGUGUUUGGAUGAUGGACGUGUUGUCAGCAAUUUUGUGGCUCAGGCCAUCCGCAAACAACCUAUGACUGUGUAUGGUGAUGGGAAGCAAACAAGGAGCUUCCAAUAUGUUUCUGACUUGGUGGAGGGAUUGGUAGCACUGAUGGAAGGUGAGCAUGUUGGUCCAUUCAAUCUUGGGAAUCCAGGAGAGUUCACCAUGCUUGAGCUUGCUGAGGUGGUGAAAGCAGUAAUUGAUCCAAGUGCAACAAUAGAGUUCAGGCCAAACACUGCAGAUGAUCCGCACAAGAGGAAACCGGACAUUGCAAGAGCAAAAGAACUGCUGAACUGGGAGCCUAAAAUCUCACUGAAAGAUGGGUUGCCACUCAUGGUGAGCGACUUCAGGAAUCGCAUUCUGAACGAGGACGAAGGGAAAGGGCUUUAA